GGAGAGCCCGAGCAAGAUGGAGGCCGCGCGGCGGCCGCCGCCUGGGCCAAGGCAGCCGCUACUGGGAGCGCCGAGUCGCGGCGCCUAGGCUGUGCCAGUCCCGGACCCGCUGCCCAGGACCAGGCCCAGCUCCCUCCCGGCAACCCGGUGGCGGUCGGUCCCGGGCCGGCGGCCCCCGUCAGCGGCCGCCGUCGCUGCCGGCCCCGCCCCCGGGCACCAUGCUGCCCUCGCAGGAGGCCUCCAAGCUCUAUCACGAGCACUACAUGCGGAAUUCGCGGGCCAUCGGCGUGCUAUGGGCCAUCUUCACCAUCUGCUUCGCCAUCAUCAACGUGGUGGUCUUCAUCCAGCCCUACUGGGUGGGCGACAGCGUGAGCACCCCCAAGCCUGGCUACUUCGGCCUCUUCCACUACUGUGUGGGCAGCGGGCUAGCGGGCCGCGAGCUCACCUGCCGCGGUUCGUUCACCGACUUCAGCACCAUCCCGUCCGGCGCCUUCAAGGCGGCCGCCUUCUUCGUGCUGCUCUCCAUGGUGCUGAUCCUCGGCUGCAUCACGUGCUUUGCGCUUUUCUUCUUCUGCAACACCGCCACGGUCUACAAGAUCUGCGCCUGGAUGCAGCUCCUGGCAGCUCUGUGCCUCGUGCUGGGCUGCAUGAUCUUCCCCGACGGCUGGGACUCCGAGACCAUCCGGGACAUGUGCGGGGCCAAGACCGGGAAGUACUCCCUGGGGGACUGUUCGGUGCGCUGGGCGUACAUCCUGGCCAUCAUCGGCAUCCUCAACGCCCUUAUCCUCUCCUUUCUCGCCUUCGUGCUGGGCAACCGGCAAACAGACCUGCUUCAGGAGGAGCUUAAGCAAGACAACAAAGAUUUUGUGGGCUCUACAGUAAGCUCCGUGUUGCGGCCAGGGGGUGAUGUCUCUGGCUGGGGAGUCCUCCCCUGUCCCAUUGCUCACUCACAGGGACCCUGAAGGCCAGGACCCAGCCCAGGAAUUGACCUGCCCUCAGUGUCUCCCAUCUCGUGCCCUCUCAUCCCUCCACUCAAGCUCCAAGGGAAGACCUCAAUCGGACUGACUUCUCUCCUGCUACCCGACCACCAGCUCCAGGCUUUGAAGAGAGGUUGGGGUUGGGUGUAGCCUGGGGGAGGGGAGAGGCCCUGCAGACUCCGGAAGGGCCUGAUUCUGCCCCUCCCUCAACUGACCUAAGGGAGCCAGACAUCCAUCCCUGGGGUGUCUCCUCUUCUCUCCAGCCUGGCCUGGGGGACCCUGCAGUGUCUCCAGGGGAAGGAGGAACUGUGAUUCCAGCUCCCCAGGCUCCCUCUUUCAGGGGGCUGCUGCCUGGCUGUAUCCUGGCCUCCUCUGGUCCCUGCCUCCUGCAGAAACUUAUUCAAGACACUGCCCUAGGGCGACCAGACUCUUUCCUAUCUUUUUUUUUUUUUUUUUGCCAAUGAUGGUUACAUCGUUUUUGCAGAGCUCCAGGUGCCACCAGCCUCCCCAGGGCUGCUCUGCCCCUGCUCCAGCCCGCUCCCAGCUCUCUCCAAGGACUCUGAGCUGCACCGAGAGAAAAAGCACAGGGCCUCCCUGUCAAGUGCUCCCUGGGUCCUGUUCAGCCCAGAGUCUGAGAAAAGACAGACAGCCUCUUAGGCUGCCAGAGGAGGAGCUCUGACUUGGGGCUGCGGGGCUGGGAGGGGCUCUGCCUGGGGCUGCCUGGCCUCUCUGCCGGGCUGGCUCAACCUUGACUGGACCCUUGACCACAGCCCGUUUUGUACAGCACAGACUCCUUGGCUCUCUUGUCAGGGUCGAAGGUUGGGGAGAGCGCCUAAGAGUGGGGAGUUAGGGGAUGCGUCACCCCUCUGCCCCUUCUCAUGCCGCCUGACCCUGGGCAUGUGCCAAGGGCAGAGACUGUCUUGCCUCUUUGAUACUUUUCUGCAUAACUUGAACUUGCAGGUCACCUCUGAACAGGGUACCCCUGUCCCCAUACCCAGGCCUUGUAACCCUGUCCCCACCUCUUCCUUCUCCUUGCCCACCUCUCGCCUUGCGUUAUGCCCGGGGUCUGCGGCCCAAUGGGCAGUGCUUGGAGCUGAGGCAUGAGUGUGUGUGUGUAUGAGCGUGUGUGUGUGUGUGCGUGUGUGUGUGUGUGUGUGUGACGGGGGCAGAUGAGGAGUCUUCUCUCCCCCUCUCCUCCCACUGUGGGGAGCGUCUCCUUCCGCUUAGCAGGGAGCAAAUAAGGAAGACGCCAAGUGUUUCUGGACUUCCCUUGCUGCUGCGUUGUCCUGGCGGUACAGCCAUCUGGUCUGGGGUGUGGGCAGCCCUCUUCAGGCCCUAGUUCAGGCGGCAGGUGGGCUUCUUCCAGUGUGCCUGCUUCUGUCUGCGGGUGCUGGUGGACUGGCCCCCUGUGGAGAAGGAGUGUGAGACCGCAGCAUUUUGUUAUGUUGGCCUCAGCCAAAGAAGAGCAGAAAAGCAGUGAGUGCCAUGUAUUUGCCAACCUUGUGUUCAUUUCCAUCAGAUAUGGACCUGAGAGGAGGGUUUCCAAGACAGACCCUAGAAAUCCUCUGCCAGAGUCCCCCGAUUGGACUCAAACUGGAAUCAGAUGCUGGGUCCUGAUAGGAUUCCAGAAACCCGGAGCUUCCCAAGUCCUGACCUCCCCACCCCCACCCUCUCACUGCCUCCUCCUGGGCAAACACCUUCCCCCAGUGCUCUGCCCAGCACUGUGCUCCCCUCUCUUCUGCUCCCACCAAGCCCCCCACUGCAGCUCCCUUGCUGGCACCUUCCCCAGCAGGCUGUCUGCAGGUGGGCUGGACACUGGGGUCCCAGGUGGAAGGGGAGGGUGAGGGGACCCUCGUGGGAGAGAGGGAGUGAGAGGCAGAGUGACACCAAAGCCCAGUGUUGGAAGGCUGCAAGGGGGUGGGGCUGGGAGCAAGUGAUUAGGAAUGGGGAGAAGACGGGUGAAAGAAAAUAAGAGACAGGAGAGGAGAGAGGGAGAUGGAGACGUACAGAGACAGAGCAAAGGAAAGGGGGAUCCAAAAAGGUACAGAAAUGGAGAAAGGAGAGGGGAUGAGCGAGAACAGAGGGGUCUGGCGAGGGAAAGAGAACCUGGGAUGGAAAGACUGAAGAAGGAAUAGGGAUAGGGAAGGAAGCAGAUGGCAAGAUGAGUUGUGGGAAACCAGACAAAUGCAGGAAGAAACGGAAGGGGAUGGAGAGGAAGAUGAAGUACGCUGAGGAAUGGGGGAGAAGCUGCUGUGAGGGGAGAGCUCAUUCCCCCAAGAUUACCCACUGCCGGGG